UGGGAGUAGUCUUACUUCCGGGCGGCAGCGUGUUGAAAAAGCAUUGUAUAAGGACUGGAUUUUUUUUUAAAUCAAGAAACCCGCUUAUUAACAUAUUUUGCUUUCCCAGUUAGCCGUCGAUAUGGUAAAAUUAUCGGCAGAGCUAAUUGAGCAGGCUGCUCAAUACACAAACCCCGUGCGCGACAGAGAGCUGGAUCUGCGAGGUUACAAAAUUCCUGUACUUGAAAACCUUGGGGCUACACUUGACCAGUUUGAUACCAUCGAUUUCUCUGACAAUGAAAUCAGAAAACUGGACGGCUUCCCUUUGCUCAAGAGGCUCAAAACGUUGCUCAUGAACAACAACAGAAUAUGUCGUGUUGGUGAAAACCUUGAACAGGCAUUGCCGAGUAUGAGGGAGCUGAUCCUCACAAGCAACAACAUCCAGGAAUUGGGUGAUUUGGAUCCGCUAGCCUCAGUGAAGACAUUGACCCUUCUCAGUCUCCUAAGGAAUCCAGUAACCAACAAGAAACACUACAGGCUCUAUGUCAUCAACAAAAUCCCCCAGAUUCACGUGCUUGACUUCCAGAAGGUCAAGUUAAAGGAGCGUCAGGAGGCGGAGAAAAUGUUCAAGGGCAAACGAGGUGCUCAGCUUGCAAAGGAUAUUGCCAAGCGGACCAAAACGUUCACCCCCGGAGCUGCUGUGCAGCAGCCUGAGAAGAAGAAGAUGGGACCGUCUCCCGCUGACGUGGAAGCGAUCAAGAAUGCAAUAGCUAACGCCUCGUCUCUGGCCGAGGUGGAGAGGUUGAAGGGGAUGCUGCAGGCUGGUCAGAUCCCCGGACGGGAGGUCAGACAAGUCCCCCCGGAAAUGGUGGAGGUGGAAGAGGAAGAGGAGGAGAACGGGGUUGUACAUAUGCAACGAGAGAUACAGACAGAGGAAGGAAAUGGAGUGGAGGAGAUGGAAGAGGAUGUGGUGGAGGAGGUACAGGGAAAGGUGGAGGAAGUAGAUGUCAAGGAGGUGGAGGAGUUAGAAAAGGAAGAAGUGGAGGAGAAAGAAGAGGGGGAGGAGGGUGAAAAACAUGAGUCUGAGGAAGAUGAGUCUGAGGACGAUGAUAUGGAUGAAGACUCACCGGUUAACGGAUCAUGAUCGUUUUAUGCAGAUCUCAAGUCUUGCUUGAUUUGUAAGUUUAUAUUUGUUGAGCAUGCAUGUAAUGCCAUUUUUGUUAUUUUGAGAAAUGAAAAUACAAUAAACAUUUUUUUACAAAACAA